UGGGGUCCACCGACCUUCGGGCCCGCGGCGUCCGGGCGGUAGCCUCUGCCCGGGUCCUGGGGUCCCCGGCGCCGCCCGCCCCCGGCCCGUCCCCCGCCAUGGGGCAGGGGGACACGGGCGAAGCGGCCAGUCCCACGCCCUACCGCUCGGUCCUGGACGAGUACGGCUAUGAGAUCGGCAAGGUCAUAGGUCACGGCUCCUACGGCACCGUCUACGAGGCCUACUACACCAAGCAGAAGAUCACCGUGGCCAUCAAGAUCAUCAACAAGAAGAAGGCGUCUGAGGACUACCUCACCAAGUUCCUGCCCCGGGAGAUCCAGGUGGUCAAAGUCCUGCGCCACAAGUACCUCAUCAACUUCUACCAGGCCAUCGAGACCACGUCGCGCGUCUACAUCAUCCUGGAGCUGGCUCAGGGCGGCGACGUGCUGGAGUGGAUCCAGCGCAGCGGGGCCUGCUCGGAGCCUCUGGCCGGCAAGUGGUUCUCCCAGCUGACCCUGGGCAUCGCCUACCUGCACAGCAAGGGCAUCGUGCAUCGGGACCUGAAGCUGGAGAACCUGCUGCUGGACAAGCGAGAGAACGUGAAGAUCUCGGACUUCGGCUUCGCCAAGAUGGUGAUCCCGCCCAACCAGCCCGUGCGCAGCCCCUCCUGCCACCUCAUGAGCUGCUUCGGGCACCUCAGCCAGACUUACUGCGGCAGCUUCGCCUACGCCUGCCCCGAGAUCCUGCUGGGGCUCCCCUACAACCCCUUCCUGUCCGACAUCUGGAGCAUGGGCGUCAUCCUCUACACGCUGGUGGUCGCCCACCUGCCCUUCGACGACACCAACCUCAAGCGGCUGCUGCGCGAGACCCAGAAGGAGGUGGUCUUCCCAGCUCACGCCCACAUCUCGUCCGACUGCAAGGACCUGAUCCGCCAGCUCCUGCGCCAGGCCUCCAAGCGCGUCAACAUCCUGGACAUCCUGAAGAACCCCUGGCUGCUCAAGUUCCAGGCCGAGCGGCCGAACAACGAGAUCCGCGUGCUGGAGGCCCUCUGCCUGCCUCAACCGGCCCACCCCGACCGCAAGGAAACCUCCCCCGCCGGCGGGAGCCCUGGAAAAGGCAGCUGAGGGGCGGGAAGGUGGGAUGGGAUGG